AUCGGGAUAGGACGUAUUUCAUUCAGGCGCUCCGGACAACUUUGAGAGGUCCUAGCGCAGCCAUCUGUGCUCUCGCGCACGAAACAAGACAGAGGAAGGUCAGAUUCGAAAAUGCCAAACAAAAUAAUACAGUUGAUUGGACCCAAAUAUGUUUCCAUCUUGAAAACGUGGGUACCAACGAUGGCAGGCUGGGGUGUGGUAGGCGGAGUGGCAGUGGUCCACUUCACAGACUGGAGGCUGAUUCUGGACUAUGUGCCCUAUAUCAAUGGCAAGUUCAAGACAGAUGAUUAGCUGCUUGGCACACCUUACUGUCGAAUGGAUGGGCUUAGCCCUGGGUGGAGAGCUUGACCAGUUGAUGUAUGAUGUUCUGACUCGCCACAUCCUGUGGACUUGCACUGCAUUGAAUAUCAAUUUCUUUUUUUUUGUUGUUUCUGUGAAUAAACCUUUCUUUUCCUAUCUCUAAA